AUGUUAACUUCACCGAAUGCGAUUUUAUUAAUUGUCCCUAAUAUAUUAGGAUGCUAUAUUUUUCCGAAUGACGUGACGAAUCCGUGUCGCGGCGUGACGUGCGGCCCAGGAGAGCUGUGUCGCCCUACUGCAGACGGAAAGAGUUACAGUUGUGAAUGUCCAACAUCUUGUCCAAGUUAUGGGGAUCACGAAGGUUCACGCCCCUUAUGUGCUAGCGACGCUAAAGAUUAUCCCGGAACAUGUGAAAUGCGAAGAGCUGCUUGCGAGAGCAACACUAACAUAACUUUUAAAUACCAUGGCAAAUGUGACCCCUGCGCCGGCGUUUCCUGUCCAGAUCCUGAAGUUUGCCAAUUGGAUGACCAACGCCAACCUUCCUGUCGCUGCGCAGAACCUUGUCCUUUAGAAUUCUCCCCUGUAUGUGCGUCCGAUGGAAAGACUUAUUCGAACGAGUGUCAAAUGCAUAGAGAGUCAUGUCGAGCUAGAAAACAAUUAAAGAUUAUUUUCAAAGGACAAUGUAUUUCAGGUGUAAAUCCAUGUGCGGAAGUGGAGUGUCGUCACGGCGCGGAAUGUCGCGUGGAGGGUAGUGGCGCGGUUUGUGCCUGUCCUCCUCCCUGUGAACAAGUUCUGCGUCCCGUCUGCGGCUCUGAUGCAAGGACCCAUGACAGCGAGUGUGAACUUCGACGUGCUGGAUGUUUGUUAGGACGAGAGUUGAAGGCCGUUCACGCGGGAGCCUGCGGUUCCAACGGUGUUUGUGCUGGGCGGGUAUGCCCUCACGGUGGUGAAUGUGUUUCAUCAGGAGGUCGAGGCGUUUGUCGAUGUCCAAAAUGUUCUAAUGAAUUUGCUCCCGUGUGUGGUUCUGAUGGUAUUUCCUACGGCAACAGAUGCAAGCUACAGUUAGAAUCCUGUAGACAUCGUCGUCACGUUCAAGUUUUGUAUGAUGGACCUUGCAAUGGAUGUGAAAAUAAAAAGUGUGAAUUUUAUGCCGUUUGCGAGAGUGACGGUGUUUCUGAAGCUAGCUGCGUCUGUCCAAAACAUUGUGAAGAAGGAACUGAAACUGAAGAAGUUUGCGGUAAUGACAACAAAACUUAUAGCAGCGUUUGUGCACUCCGUAAUAUAGCGUGCCGUGAAAACAGAAGACUUCACGUUAAACAUAUGGGUUCUUGUGAAUCUUGCGGCAAUGUCGAAUGCCCGCUAGGUAUGUGGUGUUCUCGAGGCACGUGUGCUUGUGCAAGUUGUGUUGAUGUUCCAAGAGAGACCGUUUGUUCUGACACGAGGCGAACUUUCCCCAACGAGUGUUCAUUACAUAAAGCUGCGUGCGAGGCGCGAGCCCGCGGGGAAACUCCUCCGCAGGUCGCUUAUUAUGGGGACUGUACUGAUGCUAAUAACGAUAAUAGCUCAGUUGCAGGGGUUAAUGUAUCAGCUAAAAUGGAACAAAGUAAUGAGAUACGGAAUGGUGUGGAGGUUGAUAGUACCAGUGAACCAUCUGUUGGUACAGCCGUUUGUGCUAGAGUACAAUGCGCCUACGAAGCGACCUGCGCUGUGGACGGUAACGGCCAGCCUCGUUGUGCAUGUCUGUUUGACUGCGCUGCUGCAGCAGCUUCUUCCUCAGCGCCUGUCUGUGCCUCUGAUUUACGAAUGUAUCCCACGCUGUGUCAUAUGAAACUGGAGUCUUGUCGCCGACAAGAGGACCUACGAUUGAGGCCAUUGGCAUUGUGUAGGGGCCUCGAGUUCAGACCAUGUGGCGACGAUGAAACCGUGACAGAUUCAGAAGGUCUUCCAGUUGAUUGUGGCGGUGGACCUCAUCGCAAAGACUGUCCGACGGAUAGCUACUGCCAUAAUACUGCUAAGGCUGCAAGAUGUUGUAGGAAAGACAAAGCUGUCGCAGAGAAGAAAGACUGUCAAGAAUCUUGGUACGGCUGUUGUGGGGAUGGAGUGACGUCAGCUCGUGGUCCCGGGGGGGCGGGUUGCCCUUCACAGUGUGGUUGUCAUAGACUGGGCUCUGUGUCGGAAAUGUGUGAUGAGAGCGGUCAGUGUCAAUGUAGACCUGGUGUAGGAGGGCACAAGUGUGACAGAUGCGAACCAGGCUAUUGGGGAUUACCACGGAUCGGUACUGGACAUACUGGCUGUAUACCAUGUGGGUGUUCGGCCUUCGGAUCAGUUCGUGAGGACUGUGAACAGAUGACCGGGCGUUGUGUUUGCAAACCGGGCAUUCAGGGGCAGAAGUGUACCGUUUGUUCCAACCAUGAACAUACUCUAGGACCUAAUGGAUGCUUUGAUCCGGAAUCCACCCAACUACCAGCCACCGACUGUGAACGUAUGACGUGUUAUUUCGGAGCUUACUGCGCUAUACGUAGCGGUCUUGCUACUUGUGAAUGUAAUGCUCAGGAAUGUUUUACAACCGAGGGUCCUUCUGUUUGUGGUAGUGAUGGACGGACAUAUCUAUCAGCUUGUCACGCGAGGGCGCAUGCGUGUCGGACACAAUCGGACAUAGUUGUACAAGCGUUUGGUCCCUGUGCUGAAGAUACGCCGUCUGUGAAGCGAGAGGAGAUACAUUCAUCAAUUAUUUCAAAAGAAAAUUCCGGAGAAGGUAAUUGUAACAAAAACCCAUCUCAAAUAGAUACCGUUAUUGAAGAAACAGAAUCGGAGGAAGAGCAAUACAUAACAAAUGAGGUUGAAGAAAAUUAUCCAAUAUACGAAGAAUACAUCGAGGAAAACGAAAACGAAAUAUACUCAUCGCCAUUGUUCGACGGGCAUGCUCGGAUGACAGCUCGCACAAGAUUGCCCGCUAAACGAUUCGAUAUUUGGGCCGAAGUAUCGGCGGUGUGCGGUAAGGGCGCUUUAAUAAGUGCCUCAGGUGUUCGAGAUUAUUUAUGGCUCGGGUUCGUAAAAGACAGAGCUGUAUUGCGUUGGGACGCCGGCAAUGGCCCUUUAGAGUUACGAUCUGGUAAAAUAAGAGUUGAUACUAAGUCAAAAAUAUCGGCGCGGCGAUAUAAGAAGGACGCCAUGUUGAAACUUGAAUCUUAUACCGUUAGGGGUACGACGCAUGGACGCAUGAGUUCAUUAGACGUUGAUCCUUAUAUUUAUAUUGGCCAUCCACCGGAUAAUGUUACAAAGUUAUCUGGUGUACACACAAUGAACGGCUUUGUGGGAUGUGUGCAUCGCUUGCGUGUGAGCGGACGUGACGUCAUCCCCCCCUCCAGAGGCCUAAAUAUUGUAGCUCACGGUCUGCGGCCAUGCACUCCUUACAAUCUAGCCAAGGUCGUGUGUCCUUAG